AUGGGAGACUCCCAGCACUUCCAGGAACCGGAGGUCGGCUGCUGCGGGAAAUACUUCCUGUUUGGCUUCAACAUCGUCUUCUGGGUGCUGGGAGCCCUAUUCCUGGCCAUUGGCCUCUGGGCCUGGGGUGAGAAGGGCGUCCUCUCCAACAUCUCUGCACUGACCGAUCUGGGAGGCCUUGACCCUGUGUGGCUGUUCGUAGUGGUUGGAGGUGUCAUGUCCGUGCUGGGCUUUGCCGGCUGCAUUGGAGCCCUCCGGGAGAACACCUUCCUGCUCAAGUUUUUCUCCGUGUUCCUUGGCCUCAUCUUCUUCCUGGAGCUGGCAACAGGGAUCCUGGCCUUCGUCUUCAAGGACUGGAUUCGAGACCAGCUCAACCUCUUCAUUAACAACAACGUCAAGGCCUAUCGGGACGACAUUGACCUCCAGAACCUCAUUGACUUUGCUCAGGAAUACUGGUCUUGCUGUGGAGCCCGAGGGCCCAACGACUGGAACCUCAAUAUUUACUUCAACUGCACUGACUUGAACCCGAGCCGGGAGCGCUGUGGGGUGCCCUUCUCCUGUUGCGUCAGGGACCCUGCGGAAGAUGUCCUCAACACCCAGUGUGGCUACGAUGUCCGGCUCAAACUGGAGCUGGAGCAGCAGGGCUCCAUCCACACCAAAGGCUGCGUGGGCCAGUUUGAAAAGUGGCUGCAGGACAACCUGAUCGUCGUGGCUGGGGUCUUCGUGGGCAUCGCCCUCCUCCAGAUCUUUGGGAUCUGCUUGGCCCAGAACCUUGUGAGCGACAUCAAGGCAGUGAAGGCCAACUGGAUCAAACAUGAUGAUGGCUACAAACUACUCAAAUAAACAAAACCUUGAAAACCACUGGCUCUCACCCACCAUCUUGGAGGUUCUGUCAGCUGCAGGGCCUGAGCAGAGCUCGCCGCCUGGGGCCCUGGCCCGGACCCACCUGCCAGCGUGUUUUCUUGGCCUGGGUAGUGUAUACAUUUGAGCUGAGCUUUAAAACUUGACGUAUUUCAUGUAGAAGUCCAGACCCCCGGCUUCUCAUGAAGGUUGAUCACCUGGGACGUCGUCUCCUGGGAUACGUGCUUCCCCGUUCUCUGAGGGCCCCACCUGGCCCCUGCUGCUCACCCUGGAGGCUGGGGUUGGCCUCCUCCGCCUCUGUAGGGUUUUUCCCCUGCAAACUCCGCAAGGCUGUUGUCAGCCACACCUGGGGCGAGGCGCAGGGAUGUGAAGAAUGGAGAGGCUGGACCCUGCCCUGAAGUGGCUACUGCCUGGGAGGGGUCCAGCCCGGCUGAGGACUGAGACCGGUGCCUGGGAGAGGGGCUGAGGGGUGGUUUUGGGAAGAAAGUAGGUGGAAUUUGAAAGCUUGGCACCCAUGGAGUGGGGUUGGGGGGAUGCUUUGGGCCCAUGGUGGUUGAUGCCUGGGCCCACUUGGAAACAGAUUGAAAAUCUUCACAGUGGCCUGCAGAGCUGCCUUGUGGCCACCAGAGGGCGCGCCGGCACACUCUGGGACAGCUGGGUGCCUGGCGAGUCCGCCAUGCUUGUUAGUGCUCGGGUUCAGGGAAUUUGAGAACUUCUAAAGGAGCAGACUUGGGGGGAGUCUGGCUGCUGCUCUCAGCUCUGCUUCUUGGCUGCAUGAAGGGAUAUGUGUGGAGUGAACGCCCCGUCCGUCCCUGGGCUGCCCUUGGUGGCUGAGGAGGGAUUUGGGCUGAUUCACAGAUCUCCAGCUCAGAUGCCCUCAGGGCCAGGUAGGUUGUAUAGAUGAAGGAAACAGGCCUUUGAGGUGUGAGGCCUUUGUCCUGCAACCUUGACUUUCCUGCGGUUCCUGAAGGUGGACGCAGAGAGACAUUGCUUUGUGACGAGAGAUUCAGACUGUCAAGCAACUGAUAAUGGCAGCUGACCUUGAGUAAUAGGGCAUGGUGGGGACUGUGGCAAAGCACAGAUCCCAUCUGAAGGUGGUAGCUGGCCUUUAGUUGUGGCUAAUUGCUGUAAAGUGAGGUGCAGGUCUAAUGUCAGAAGCCUGGAGGAGCCAGAAACCCAGGUUUUUAUGUGAAAUAUCCCUAUUUUUAAGUUGUUGACAACCAAUGGAAAAACAUUUUUAAAUACUGCAAGCCCAACAGGCGGUGUAAGGGCGAGCUUUGGCCACUGUGUGACUACAGAUCCCUCUAGGACUGUCACCCCAGCGGCCCUGACAGGCCGGCACACUACAAUAAACGCAGCUCACAAAGUU